UUUUUAAUUGCAAGUUUAUAAAAAUAGUUUUGUAAAUGGAUGUUUGAACUCAAUUUUCAUCAAAAUUUGCAACGUUCUCGCUUUGUUCUUAAUCGCACACUUUUUGAGAAAAUUUUCCUGGAGAUGAUCACCUAUCUUAAAAUACUCUCGGUCAAGCAUGUUUAACCGUGAAGUUCUUCCAUGAUGGGCUGUUGAAAAACAAAAUGCACCUUGUUGAUAUAAGUAGUAGCAAUCAAUCUAUUUAAAGCAUCUUCAAUUGUGUAUUCCAUACCUACACAGUUUCAUAAUCAUCCCAUCACUACUUAAGAAAUGUCACUUUUACCAGCACAGUUCGCUACUGCGCUGGUAAAAGUAACUUUUACCAGCGCAUUUCGCAAACUGCGCUGGCAAAGAGAUCAAAGUUUUACCAGCGUACAUUUGUAGUGGCUAAAAUCUAACUUUUACCAGCACAUUUACGCGUUGGGAAAAGUCUUUUUUGCCAGCGCUUUUCAUUUUAUGUUGGCGAAAGUUUUAAUACCAACAUUGAUUUGCCAACCCCCUUUUGCCAACACAUCAUAGGUAAAUUCUAUUUUACCAGCGCAAUACCAACUUUUGUCAGCACAAAAAUGUGCUGGCAAAAGUGACAUUUCUUGUAGUGUAUUGACCUUCUCCAGACGUGUGGGAUUGCAUACUUACUUGAUAUUUCUCCUUACAAUCACGAGACAACUAACGGUCACAAAAUUGACAAAUAUUUGCUAUAACUAUACGUCAUAUAUAUAAAAUUAAAUAAUAUAAUUUUUCAAAAUAUUAAUAAUAAAAAAAAUCAAUAAAUAUGAACAAAAACAAUACCCUUAUAUAAUUUUUUCCAUAUUAUGUAUAAAUAUUUAUGUGAGUUCAGAUCUACCUGCUACCUUAAAAAUUUGAAGAUAUCUCAAUAGACUUUCAAUGAAGUUUAAUUAUGUACGUAUAUAUAUAAAAUAACAUUUUUAGGUUUAAUCGGCUGAAAACACGCUUUAACUAAUCUAUAUUCAAAGUUUGACCCUAAUAAUAAUGACACAAUUUUCCAAUGUUGAAUUGCAUUAUAGUAUUUAAAUGAAAUUGGAGCAGAAAAUAUAGGAUAUAUAUACAAAAAAAAAAAAAGACUUUAAAGCACAUGCAUCCACUCAACACACUACCCUUUAUUUACUUCUCGACCUUAAUUAACUCAUAAUUAAGUAUAUAAUAAUUUAAAAUGAAAUAAAAAGAAAACGAAAAGAAAAAAGAUACCAUGCUUGCAUCAUAACAUGACACAAUGCUUGCAUCAUAAUGGCUUCUCCCAAGGUUGGAAUGCCUUAAUAUAAAUGGAAAAUGGGAGAAGCCGAUGGGUCUGCAGUGGUCGUUGGGUCCGUGGUUCGUGAGUGGGAUUGCAGUGGUCGUGGAGAGAAGAGAUCGAGGUGGCUGUUGGUUGUGCGUGGUGGUUGUGGGUUGAUUCGUUAGGGUUAGGGUAGUUCUGAGAGCGAGAGAGAGAGAGAGAAUGGGUGAAGAGAGAGGGACGGUUGUUCGAAAUGAGAAGAGUAUUUUGGAACUUAAGAUAGAUAAAGUGUACCAAUUUUUAACAAUUUGGAUAUAUUUAAAUUUAGCGCUUUAAUUUAAGUACAUAAAUUAUACAUAAUUAGUCAAAAUUUUCCUUUUAAAAUGUCCCACAAAAAUACAGAGCUCGUGUGUCAUGAAAAAAUAUAAGUUAUGUUGUGCCGUUUCACAUGUCAAUAAUUUUAUAGGGUAAACUCAGUAUUUUCAUGUCAUGUUACACUCGAGAAAUCUGUUUCUCUAGACCAACUCAGUGGCUCAAAUUGAUCAUAUUUCACGUUUUCACAUUUUUAUGACAAAUAUUGAGCUACUUAUUAAGCUAAAUGUGAUAGUUUCAAUUAAUUACUUUUAUAUAAUUUCUCAAUUACAAUUCAUAUAAGAAAUAAUUAUAAUUAUUAAAUUAAUUUUUAGUUUUUUUUUUUUUUUAAUAUAUUGUGUUUUUAUGUUAGUUUAUUCGUGCUUACGUGUCCAUAUAUAAAUCUAUAUGUUUUUGUGUAGCAUGUCGGCAUACCCGACCAAGUCCAUAUAUUUUCAUGUCGGGUCAUACUCGUACCUUUUAAGGUCAUGUCAAUUUCGUGCCAUCUCAAAAAGUCUUACUGGUAUUUAUAUAUUACUAAUAUAAGGUAGUAUUUUAUAAAUAAUUAGUAAUUAACAUCAUGCAUUUCUCUAUAUUGUGUUUGGUGUACUUUAACAUAUAAUUUGUUGCAUCGAUCGUUGACUCUUAAACUAAAAUUUAUAUAAAUAAUGGACUCAUCACAUAUUUACAGACUGUGUUAGGCUUGUUUGAGAUGGAAGUUUUAUUUAUGAUAUUGACUUCCUUAAUUAAUUAAUAAUUAGUAAAUUAAUUAAUUUCACAUGGCUCUCUUGAAUUGAUCCAGUACAUUAUGCAUAAUGCAUGCAUACUAACAACUCAUAUAGCUAGUUUUCAUUUUAUUUUUUAAAAAAUAAUUACACGUAAAUCAUUGAGGAAAUUUCCUACUUUCACAAUAUUGUCUAAUUAUUAUUAUAUUAAGAAUAAUUACUCACUCAAUCAAUUAUGUCUAUAAAUAGCCAUACCCUUUGGAUUAUAAAGAUUUUAAUUAAGUACAAACAAGUCAUAAUUAAUCAUAAUCUUAAAAGAGUAUUAAUUAUUUGGUACUGAAAAAGAUGGCCACAGUUCAGAUGAACAACUUUGGUUCUCUAUCUCUAAUCUCUUUCAACAAUAUAAUCCCUAAGCCAACAAUGAUAUCAUCUUCAGCCAAAAUUAGUCCAUGGAUCAACCAUAGUAGUUUUUGGGGACAGAAUUAUAAGCUUCAAACAACGCAUUUUCACAAAGGAAAAAGUCCUCUCCAACAUAAUAUAAUGAGAGCUGAGAAGAUGAUUGCCAUUACAGCAAGGGCACCUAAUGGAGACGGUUUAACAUUUCCAACAUUUAAUGGCAAAACUUUUUCGUUGACUAAUGAUUUUAAGGAGCUUCAAGUUGGUAAAUCUGUGAUGUAUUAUAAGAAGUUAUUACCAUAUUAUGGUCAAGGUCAAAGUCAUCCAAUUAUCAAUCAGAAGGUGACUAUAAGGUAUACAAUCUAUGACCAAAAGCACAAAGUGAAAGGAUCAAUGGACGAUGUUACAGCUCAUGACCUUGUUAUUGGCACCAAACAUGAUCUUGGUACAGGGCUUGACUUUGGCAUUCGAGAACUGAGGGUAGAUGAACAAGCAAUAUUUGUCAUCCCUAAGAAACUUUGGCCGGCAAAGAUGAGAGGUGGUAUUUUCAAUAGGGAUCCAGAUGAGUACAUAGUUUGCUAUGUUACAUUAAACAAAAUUUAUUAGAUAUUAUUUUUUGAAAAGGGUGACAAAUUAAUAGAUAAAGUUGCAUUUUGUCCAAUAAAUAAUUCAACUGUCAUUUAUUUAAGGAUAAUUUUUCUUUUGUUUUUUGGGAGAUUUAUUUUUAGAGUGAUAAGUACAUUAAAGUUCUUAUCUCAAAAAAAUAAAAUAAUAUUGAACCAUGCUAUUCAUCUCGAACUAUAGACCUACCGACUAGCCCGCAUCUACCAUAUGGAUUGAGAUGGUCGGGAUAUUCGGGAUGAAUAAAUUUAUUUAAUAAUAUUUUUUGUAAACUUACAAAUGUAUUAUAUAUGAC